AGAAGAACGUUGUAGAUGCACGUAGGAUUUAAAAGUGUGGAAUUAGCAGGGGAAAUCAGUAGCUGUCAGUGUGGACAGACUGAUAAGGACGUAACCAUGGACUUUCCUUUCAUGAUCCAGAUGCUUGGUACACCCUCUCAGGUACCUAAUACAAAGCAAGAACCAACAGCCACCAUGUCUAGCAAAAGGGCAAAGACAAAGACCACCAAGAAGCGCCCUCAGCGCGCCACUUCCAAUGUAUUUGCGAUGUUUGAUCAGUCGCAGAUCCAGGAAUUCAAGGAGGCCUUCAACAUGAUCGACCAGAACAGGGAUGGCUUCAUUGACAAAGAGGACUUGCACGACAUGCUCGCCUCCCUUGGAAAGAAUCCAACGGAUGAAUACCUGGAUGCCAUGAUGAAUGAGGCUCCGGGCCCCAUCAACUUCACCAUGUUCCUCACCAUGUUUGGUGAGAAGUUAAAUGGCACCGACCCAGAGGAUGUCAUCAGGAAUGCUUUUGCUUGCUUUGAUGAAGAAGCAACAGGGUUCAUCCAAGAGGACUACCUGCGGGAGCUGCUGACCACGAUGGGAGACAGGUUCACGGAUGAAGAGGUGGAUGAGCUGUACAGAGAGGCCCCCAUCGACAAAAAGGGCAAUUUCAACUACAUCGAAUUCACGCGCAUCCUGAAACAUGGAGCAAAAGACAAGGACGACUGAGCAAACCCCUGGAUACCUGCAGAUUAUCUCUACAUAUAUGUUUUUUUGUAACGGUUUCUUCCUCAUAGAACUUGUUGCAUGCAUUUAGCUCCAAAGCUUUUGUCUUUUUCAAUAUAUUUAUCUAUUCCAGGCCAUUUAGGCACAUUUGCACCUGUAAUCAGACUGGAAGUGGCGAAAAUAUUGUGAGGGAAAGGCUACAGGACAAACAUUCCCUGGAGUUGAUAGUCCAGGAAAAUAAUCUCAAUGUUUCUGGUUUAGCUGGAUUUUUACAUUUUUGUAAUAAAUGCCAUUUUGAAAUAAAGAUUGCUAUAUAGAUAAAAUACCUCAAAA